CGACCUAGGGAGGAUUCGGUGCUUCGACAAAAUCCACGCGCACUGCCUCUUGUCGCCCUUUGCCGAAUUGCGAGGAUGCUGGCGACCGAAUCGAACAAUUUCCAGGAGAAAACCAUGUGCGGUCGGCGAGUGCGAGAGUGACUUGACCCCUGGAAAGGAGUAGUGUGGGCACUCGGCGCUGCUGCUAGGCGACCGCCGCGCUUCCAGUUCACCGACUCCGAGCGUGAAAACGACGACCGAUCGGAUUGAAAGUUGUUUUAUUUCCCGACCGAUCGGCACCUGUGCGGUUUCAAAGUGCAGUGUGUGUGUGGAACAAGGACUUUUGACAAUAAUUUUGGAUUACCUGAAGCCGUGCCAAGACUGUCUGCGCGAGGCACGGAUCGGGCGAAAGAUGUACCUGACAAGGUGACGCAGAGGGCACGCGCAAUGCUGUCACCAAAGGGCAGGACGGACACGCCGUUCGUCGUCGUGGCGCUGACGCUGUUGCUGAGCGUCGCCAGCGCCGAGUACACAUGCGAAUUCAAGAUCUCCGAAGGGGUGCCCAUCGGCACCAGCGUCGGCCUGAUUGGCGUGGCCGACUGUGAGCCGGGGCGGCCGCACCCGCCGCCACCACCCUACCUGGUGGUGCCAGUGCCCGGCUCGGGCGUCGACUCUGACCUGACCGUGGACGCCACUGGCGAGAUCCGAACGCGCGUCGUGCUGGACCGUGAGGUGCGCUCAUCCUACUCGCUGGUGGCGAUUCCACUCAGCGGCGAGAACAUUCGAGUGCUGGUGCGCGUCCUCGACGAGAACGACAACGCGCCCACCUUCCCCACACCCUUCAUGCACAUCGAGUUCCCCGAGAACACGCCCCGCGAUGUCAAACGCACCCUCCAACCGGCGCGAGACCUUGACCUGGGCGUCUUCAACACGCAGAGGUACAACAUCGUCUCGGGAAACGUCAACAAUGCCUUCCGCCUCUCCUCGCACAGGGAGCGCGACGGCGUCCUCUACCUCGAUCUGCAGAUCAACGGCUUUCUGGAUAGAGAGACCACCUCUUCCUACAGUCUGGUGGUGGAGGCCCUGGAUGGCGGCACUCCACCUUUGAAAGGUUCCAUGACCGUCAACAUCACCAUCCAGGACGUCAACGACAACCAGCCGAUUUUCAACUCAACCCGGUACUUUGCCACCAUCCCUGAAAACGCAACCGUGGGAACUAGUGUCCUUCGGGUGUACGCCAGUGACUCUGACGCCAGUGCGAACGGACAGAUCGCGUACUCAAUCAAUCGGCGGCAGAGCGACCGGGACAACAUGUUCCGCAUUGACGCCACCACCGGAGAAAUCGCAGUCAACCGCCCGUUGGACUUUGAAACCCGGGAAGUGCAUGAGUUGGUGGUUGUUGCUCGAGACGGCGGUGAAACGCCUUUGGAGACCACGGCCUUUGUUUCCAUCAGGGUGACGGACGUCAACGACAACCAACCAACCAUUACAGUCAUCUUCCUGAGUGACGACGCGACCCCGAAAAUCUCCGAAGGUGCCCAGCCAGGCGAAUUCGUGGCUCGCAUUUCUGUAAACGACCCUGAUUCAAAGGAGGAGUACGCCAAUGUGAACGUCACCCUGGAAGGUGGAGAGGGCCAUUUCGGUUUAGCCACUCAGGAUAAUAUAAUUUACUUGGUCAUCGUUUCUCUACCCCUGGACAGAGAACUGCAGCCGGACUACACUUUGUCCGUCGUGGCGACUGAUCAGGGCAACCCACCCUUGCACGCAGCCCGAACCUUCAAACUGCGAGUGACGGACGUGAACGACAAUGCCCCUGAAUUCGAACAGGCCGUUUAUCACGCCAACGUGCUCGAGGUGGCCGACCCAGGCACCUCGGUUGUCCAGCUGUCCGCCGUAGACAAGGAUGAGGGCAACAACUCGGCAGUGACCUACUCGAUUGUGCAGACUCCGGACACGCACUCGAGUUGGUUCGAGAUUGACUCCAAGACCGGAUUGAUCACCACCAAAGCCCCUGUGGACUGCGAAACGGAUCCGGUGCCUCAGUUGACUGUGAUUGCUACGGAUAACGGUCGGCCGCCCCUUUCGGCGUCGGCCACAGUGCUAGUGACGAUUCACGAUGUCAACGACAACGAGCCCAUCUUCGACCAGAGCUUCUACAACGUGUCGGUCGCCGAGAGCGAGCCCGUCGGACACUGCAUUCUUAAGGUGUCUGCGACGGACCCAGACUGCGGCGUCAACGCCAUGGUCAACUACACGAUGGGCGAGGGCACCAGCAAGAUGAAGGACUUCGUCGUCAAAUCCACCACCGGCGAGGUCUGCAUCGCUGUCCCUUUGGACUUUGAAACCAGGAGCGUUUACGAAUUUCCAGUCAUUGCUACAGACAGAGGUGGCCUCAGUACAACGGCCAUGGUGAAAAUCCAGUUGACGGACGUGAACGACAACCGCCCCACCUUCUACCCCCGCGAGUACAACGUCAGCCUGCGCGAAGACAGGGGUGCCAGCAGCGCCCCCGUCGUCGUCGUGGCCGCCACCGACCUUGACUCUGGUCGCUUCGGAACCGUCCACUACGAACUGGUGUCUGCGGAACCUCCGGAUGACGACGGCCUCUUCAGGGUGGACCGCAAGUCAGGUGCGAUUUUCGUCACGCGACCUUUGAGCAGGGCGGCGCCCAGGCACCACCUGAACGUUUCCGCCAGCGACGGUGCCGGAAUCAAGUCUGCAGUGGACGCCGAGGUAUUCCUCAGCGUCAUCGCACCUGGACAACAACCACCUGUGUUCGAAAAGCCCAGGUACAGCCUGAACAUCAGGGAAGACGCAAGCAGGAGCACCGUCGUCGGAUCCGUCAGGGCCACCAGCAGCGACCCUGGCUCGGGCGUUGUGCGCUACUCCAUCUACUCGGGUGACCCCAACGGCUACUUCAGCAUCGACCCCUUGUCCGGCACCAUCCGCACCUCGGCCGCCCUCGACCACGAGUCGCACCCUUCGGUGCUGCUCAACGUCCAGGCCAUGAGCGGAGACCCGCCGUCCUAUGGACACAGCCAGGUGAACAUCGCGAUCCAAGACGUGAACGACAACGCUCCCGAGUUUGACUCGCCAUCGGUGCGCAUUUCCGUUCCGGAGAACGUGGACCUGGGCACUGCGAUUUACGCGGCGCACGCUCGAGACCCGGACUCGGGCGAGAACGGCGAGGUGCGCUACUCGCUGCCGGUGAACCCAGGCGGCGUGUUUCGCGUGGACGCCAAGGGCGGGCAGCUGACCCUGGCGAAGGCGCUCGACUUUGAGAUGUCGCAGCGGUUCACGCUGGUGGUGCAGGCGUCGGACCGCGGCGCCGAACGCCAGAUGAGCGCCAACCUGAGCGUGCUGGUGGAGGUGCAGGACGCCAACGACAAUCCGCCCACGUUCGAGCGGCCCGAGUACACGGUGCGCGUCCCCGAGUCGCUGCCCGCCAACUCGCAGGUCGUGCAGGUCGCGGCCAGCGAUAAGGACACGGGCAACAACGCCAGACUCACCUACCGCCUGCUGGGCGGCGCCGACGCGCACUUUGGCAUCUUCCCCAACAGCGGUGCCGUCUAUCUCAGGGAACCGCUGGACAGAGAAACGCAGGACAGGUACUUGCUGAAGGUGUUGGCCACCGACAACGGCUCGCCAGCGGGCACAGCCACCGCCAGCAUUGUUGUUGUGGUGCUCGACUCGAAUGACAACGCACCCGAAUUCGCCAAAGAGUCCUACCACUUUGUGGUCAGGGAGAAUUUGGAAGCGGGAACUUCUGUGGGCACCAUUUCGGCGACGGACAAGGACUUGGACAACAACGCUUCCCUCCGCUACAGCCUCAUCCCGGCCAACAACAGCUUCCAGAUCAACCCCGUCACUGGCGAAAUUUUCACCCGCGAGCCGCUGGACCGAGAGGCCAAGGCCGUCUUCGAGCUGGUCGCCGAGGCCAGGGACUUGGGCAGCCCUCCCAGGAGCUCCCGAGUGCCGGUCAAAGUGCAGGUGGCCGACGUCAACGACAACGCACCGCUCAUUGUGGAACCCGAGGAGGACGUGGUUGGUGUUCGGGAACAACAACCGGUGGGAACUGAGGUCGUCAGGGUGCGGGCCAUCGACAGGGACGAGGGCGAGAACUCUUCCAUCACCUACUCCAUCGUUCAAAGUCCUGAGGCCAGUGAUGGUUUUGCUGCGUUCACCGUCGACCCUGUAACAGGGGUGGUUCGCACCAAAGCCAUUCUGACGCACGAGGAAAGAGGCGCCUACCGCCUCGCCGUGGCCGCCUCCGACCGCGGCCGACCCGCCAAACAGAGCGUCCGCCUCCUCAGGGUGGAGGUUCUGGACGUGAACGACUCUCGGCCAACCUUCAGCAGCGCCAGCCUCGUCUUCAGGGUUCCGGAAGGCGUGCCUGUGGGUUUUGAGGUUGGUACUGUGACCGCCGGUGAGGGUGAGAACAACGUUGACGGUGCCAAGGUGACCUACACCCUGAGCACCGAUGACCUGGAUGAUGAGGUCGCGGCCACCUUCACAGUCAGCCGCACCACCGGCGUCCUGCUGACCACCCGUGACCUCGACCGCGAGCACACCAGCUCCUACCAGCUGGAGGUGCGCGCCAUUGACUCGAGUGGGGUGCCGCAGGUCACCAGCCUCAUCAGCAUCACGGUCGAGGUUGAAGACGUCAACGACGAGGCGCCGUUCUUUGCCGAGGACCCUGUGCUGGCCACGGUGGCCGAGGAUUCGGCCAUCGGCACUUCGGUUUGGAACUUCACAGCUGAGGAUCGCGAUUCAGGAGCCAAUGGUGAUGUUCGGUACUCGCUUAGCAAUCAGUGGCCUCGUGACGACUUCGCCAUCGACCCUGAGAGCGGGAUUCUCAGCGUGUCCGGCGGUCUGGACCGAGAACUGCACGCCGAGUACACAAUCGUGGUGACCGCGACCGAUCAGGCGCUCAACGCCUCGCAAAGACUGCGUUCCUCGGCCACGGCCAAAAUCCUGGUGCUCGACGCCAACGACAACUCGCCGCGCUUCGUGUCCCGCUCCACCCUUUGGCUGUCCGGCGAUGAAGCGUCCGGCAUUGGAGCGCCGCCCCUGAUGCAGGUCAUUGCGACAGACGCAGACGUUCAGGACAACGGACGCGUCUCUUAUUUCUUGCAAGGCGAUGCCGACUUGGAAGGCCUGUUCACCAUCGACCUCAACUCAGGACUGCUGGGACUGUCCAGACCCUUGGGGCGGAGACACGGAGGCGCCAGGUUGGUCCUCAACGUGACCGCCAGGGACCAUGGAAAACCGCCGAGGGCCGUUUCGCAAUUGUUGGAGAUCGAAGUGGCCGGCGGAAGUGACAGUCCGCCCAGGUUUUUGCAGAGUGUUUACGAAGCCAUUGUGUCCGAGGAUGUCCAGAGUGGGACGUUUGUCGUCAAAGUUUCUGCCAGGGAUCCUGAUUCUGGUGGUGCUCCAGACAACCUGACCUACUUCAUCCCCGAAGGAAUGGCCGACGGCCGUUUCAGCAUCGACCCGCGUCGCGGGGUGGUGACCACGUCAGGGCCGCUGGACCGCGAACUGACCUCACGGUACGUGCUGCCCAUUUACGUGCGCGACGACUCAGCCCGUCCACCCCAACUCGACUCUUCCACCCUAGUCGUGGUCGUCCUGGACGCCAACGACAACUCGCCCCAGUUCGCCCCCGGCUCGUGCUACCCCCUGUCAGUGCCUGAGAACAGUGACCUGGCCGUCAUCCACACCGUCGUGGCCACCGACCUGGACGAAGGUCGCAACGGCGAGGUCACCUACAGCAUCAGCAGCGGCAACGUCGGCAACAAGUUCAGCAUUGACCUGCACACCGGCGAACUCUCGGCCAGGCCGCUGGACAGGGAGGCGCAGGCCGCCUAUUGGCUGGUCAUCACGGCCGAGGACAGGGGCAGCCCUGCCCUUUCAGGCGCCUGCAACCUGAGCAUCACGGUUGGCGACCAGAACGACAACGACCCCAGGUUCGCCCUGCCCAGGUACGCGGCCUCUCUGCCCGAAAACGCGCCCCUCGGCUCGACGGUGCUCGCCGUCCAGGCCACGGACGCCGACAUUGGGGCCAACGCGCGCAUCACCUACUCGCUGACCAACGAGAGCCAGUGGCUGUUCAAGAUCGACAAUGCCACCGGAGUCAUCACAACAGCUGGAAUGCUCGACCGCGAGAAGCAGCGCGUCUACUCGUUCCAAGUGGUGGCCACCGACGGCGGCCGCUACGACGCCCGUUCCGAAAAGGUCUCCGUCCAGCUGACGGUCAGCGACGUCAACGACAACAAGCCGGUGUUCGAAAGGUACCCUUUCACGGCCGAAGUGGCCGCCUCGACUCAGCCGGGACACGCGCUCGUCCAGGUCACGGCCCACGACAAAGACGAAGGCGCCAACGCGGACAUCGUUUACAGUUUUGUGAAUGAGCCACCCGGCAGCAAAUUCCGGAUUCAUCCGAGCACCGGAGUUGUGACGGCCAGUUCGAGUUUGUCAUCAGACUCAGGGCGCCUCUUCCACCUCGAGGUGCUGGCCAGGGACAAGGGCAACCCUCCGCAGAGUGCGACAGGUUUGGUCGAAAUCAGGGUUGGCGAAACGAGGGACGCUGCCGCCGCAGCUGCUGCUCUCCGUUUCCAAAACUCCACGUAUGUCGUCAGCCUCCCAGAAAACGCACCAACCGGCAGGGACGUCGUUCAGGUUUCGGCGGUUCGAGCUGACGGUCGUCGCCAACGCAUCACCUACAGUUUUGGCAGCGGCAACGAGGACAACACCUUUGAAAUCAACUCCAACAACGGUCUGGUGCGCGUGCGCGACCCUCGGUUGCUGGACUUUGAGACGGCGCCGCGGCUGCGAUUGGUGGUGGUGGCGCAGGCCGACGGCGCCCUGGCGCCGCUGUACGGCUACGCGACGGUGUGGGUCGAGUUGCAGGACGUGAACGACAACGCGCCGCGGUUCACGCAGGAGCGAUACUACGCGUCCGUGUGGGAGGGCAACAACAAGGGCACGUUUGUGAUGCAGGUGUCGGCGACGGACGCCGACGAGGGCGCCAACUCGCACAUCCUCUACCACAUCGUCGACGGCAACCACGACAACGCGUUCGUCAUCGAGCCGCCCUUCUCGGGCCUCGUCAAGACCAACAUCGUGCUUGACCGAGAGAUCAGGGACUCGUACCGACUGACCGUGAUCGCCACCGACGAGGGACGCCCGCAGUUGACAGGCACGGCCACCCUGAGCGUCACCAUUGUCGACGUCAAUGACAAUCAACCCACUUUUCCGCCACAUUCGGUCAUCAGCGUCAAUGAAGGCGCCUCUUUGGGCUCAGUGGUCGCCGAAGUGACUGCCAAUGACGUGGACACCAACCCCGCGCUGACCUACUCGUUCGCCGAGGGUGGAAACCCCGACUCCACAUUCAGCAUUGACCGUUUCAGCGGGGCAGUGACCCUUGCCCGUCGCCUGGACUUCGAAGGCCGGCGCUCGUACGAGCUGAAAGCGCGGGCCUCGGACGCGGCCCACGCCGUCUUCACGUCGCUGACCGUCCACGUGACCGACGAGAACGACAACACGCCGGUCUUUGAGCAGCAGUCGUACGAAGUCGCACUCUCAGAGCUGACGGCGCCUGGGCAGCCGAUUUUGACAGUCAACGCGUCGGACGCCGACUCUGGCGAAAACGCGCGCAUCCACUUCUCCUUGCUGGGAGCCUCCGACGGAUUCAAGAUUGACGAAUACACAGGUGUCAUUUACACCAACCGCAGCGUCGAGUACGACCCUAGGCGACCCCACGUGCAACUGCUCGUGGCCGCCACUGAUGAGGGAAUUCCGUCCAGAUCCGCAGUGGCCGCCGUCAGGGUGCACCUCACUGACGUCACAGAUGCACUUCCACGUUUUCCACAGGAAGAAUUCAGGGUGCACAUUCGUGAGGAUUCCACCCUUGGCUCCAUCGUAAUGCGCCUUCCUCCUGCCGGAGGCUUGACUGACGACUUGGAACGCAGCAGUCUCGAGUUCACCAUCAUCUCAGGGAACGAGGAAGACCUUUUCCGCGUGGUCAGUCCCAGUGGAGAACUAAUUCUGAUUGGCCAGCUCGACAGAGAAACCCGCGACUUGUACACCAUCAAGAUCAGCGUGCGCUCAAGAAUGGCGCCUUCAGCCAACUCCACCGUCACCAUUUUGGUUCAAGUAGACGACGCCAACGACAACGCGCCUGAAUUUUCCCAGCCACGUUACGAGACGCAUGUAAGCGAGGCGGCUGCGGUCGGACGCUCCAUCCUCCGACUGACGGCCACGGACAGAGACAUCGGCCGAAAUGCAAAGUUGCUGUACGAAAUCACAUCUGGAAAUGAAGAAGGCCAUUUUUCACUCGAUCCUAGUUCAGGUGUGAUUUCUAUUGUCUCGCAGCUGGACAGGGAGCGGACACCCAUGCACCGACUGGUGGUCAGGGCAUCAGACCAGUCUCAGGACAACCAACUUGCCGCCCUUGCGUCGGUGAUUGUGGAGGUGGAUGAUGAAAAUGAUAACGCUCCGCGGUUUCCAGUGUCCAGGUACACGGCCUCGGUGCCUGAAAACAGUCCAGUUGGCACCAGGGUCGUCAGGAUUUUGGCCACUGACAUGGAUAAGGGAGAAUUCGGUCAGCUCAACUAUUCAAUUGUGGCAGGAGACGGACGUGGAAGAUUUGCGGUUGAUGAUUCAGGACUGAUUACCACUCUGGCCAUUUUUGAUUACGAGGCAGUCAAUCGCUACUCGCUGACCCUGAAGGCCAACGACCUUGGAGGCCUGACAGCCACGGCUUUGGUCACGGUGGACAUUGAAAGCAGAGACGAAUUCCAUCCAGAGUUCACAGAAAGCACGUACAGAUUUGUUGCACAGCCGUCGCCACCUGUUGGUUAUGUGGUCGGCAGCGUUCAUGCUUCGGAUCGAGAUCUGGGCCCUGACGGAAGGGUCAUUUACACGUUGGCCAGUCAGGACUCGCACUUCAAGGUGAACAGAACCACCGGCGCAGUAAUUGUGAGAAAGGCGAUUUCAAGCGAAGCCGCCGGCAGUGAGGUCAGGCUGGUUGUGUCUGCCAGUUCAGGCCGUCCGGGCUCCCUGACCAACAUGACCAUCGUGGAGGUCGCCCUGAACGCCCUGGCCACCGGCGGAUCCAACUUGGUUGGUGCUGGUGCCGGAUCUGCGGCCGAAGCAGCCUCAGGAGGAAUCGCCGAUUGGGCUCUCGGCCUUCUGAUCGCUCUCAUCCUGCUGGUGGUGGCGUUCGGAGGGGCCUUCGUCUUUCUGCACAUGCGCAAGCAACGUCAGUGCAAACCUUCCAUCAGCACAGAGCCCUUUGACCACUCCUCCUUUGACACGAUUGAUGUUCGCGGCCCAACCACCUCAGCCGUGUCCUCGAUGGCCCAAUUCCCGCCAAAAUAUGAUGAAAUCCCCGCUUACGAAGCAGCCGCCGUCGUGGCCGCUGAGAGAAGACACCACAGACACCACGGCUCGCACCACGCCAACUCAGAACUGUCUGAACAGAGCCAAUCUGCGUCCAGCGGUCGCGGCUCUGCUGAAGAUGACGGCGAAGACGAGGAAAUUCGCAUGAUCAACGAAGGCCCCCUCAUUCAACAAAGCAGUGCCCCCUCCUCCUCAGGUGGCCAUGUGAACCGAGGUCUCCAACUUCCAGGUGACUCUGGCUGCAUUCAGGGUGACGAGGACAACCUGAGUGACGUGUCCGUUCACAACACCCAACAGUACCUGGCGCGCCUCGGCAUCGACACGUCCCGUUCUCAGGUGGACACUUCCAGCAGCAAAGGUGGCACCAGCGUCGUCGCCGGCGGCUCUCAGGAGCUCCUUCCACCUUUGGGUCAUUCCAUCUUUGACGACGAAGGUGGCGAGGCCGACCUGGCCAACCUUUUGUACGCCAAACUGCAGCACGGGCCGGGCAGCAGCAGUGCCAGCGCGGCCGGCGACGACCAGUCGGCCGCUUCCACAGGUGGCGCCGGCGACGUCCGAAACGUCCUUUUGGGCUUCACGGUGGCCGACGAAGGGCCGAGCAUGACCGGCUCCCUCAGCUCCAUCGUGCACAGCGAGGAGGAGCUCACCGGAAGCUACAACUGGGACUAUUUGCUUGACUGGGGGCCGCAGUACCAACCUUUGGCCCACGUUUUCUCAGAGAUCGCAAGACUUAAGGACGACACGGCCCCUUCUUCCACGUACGGCGGCCUCCAGGGCAAAAAAGGGCCUCUGCCGCUCACCCCGCAAGUCAAAACCGUUCCUCCCCCUCUGAUCACCAACGUGGCCCCCAGAUCGAUCGCCCCCGUGGCCAGGGCGUCGCACCACAUGCCGAGGUCGCCCAUCAGCCACGAGUUUGCCGCCGCCAUGUCGCCGUCCUUCUCACCCUCGCUCUCGCCCCUGGCCACCAGGUCACCGUCAAUAUCCCCAUUGGUGGGGCCUUCGUUGGGCCCCCACCACGGCAGGGCCCUUCCGCCCAGGCCGACGGGCCUCGUCUCGGGGACGCCGUCCGGCUCCGAAACGGAACUGCGAAUCUAGUGAUAUUAAAAACAAACAAACAGUGUAGAUAGACAGUGUGAAUAUUGUGAAAUACACCAAUCAAAACUGGACCAAGUAUUGAAUUGAAAAAAGAAAAACCUGCGCCAAUCAAGCGUUGCUCAACCGAGAGUCAGGAUAUGACGUGUAUAAAAAUGGAAAUAAUUAUUAUUAAACACUACGUUGUGAUCGCGAAGUAAAUAAAUAAAAGGCGAACCGCCGCCGCCGCUCUCUUUCCUCUCACGAUUUGUAUACGCGAAAAGUUCUUUCAUGAUAAUUUGCAAAAAUGUCUCGCCACCUCGAUCCGAGACCAUGUGAUAUUGUUUUAUACUUGUAAUUAUUUAUCGCCGUGUUUUUUUUGUUAUAUAUGCGCGUAUAAAUGCCUGCCUGUCGUCGCAAAUUGUGCAAAAAUCAUAUCACAGCGUCCGCCAUUAAAAUGGUCCCAUUUAUAUAUAUUUUGUUCAUUCCAAUCGAGUGAAUGCCGCGUGUGCUGAGGAAUAUCAUGGACGAAACGCCACACAUUCUGUGGAUCUUCAGUUGCCAAAUAAUGAAUACUCUGUAGAAAACUAAAUUAUGAUCUGAGUCGGCAUUUAAGCAAGAGGCGUGAAACAGUACUAAUGUUAAAUAAAUGCAAAAUGAUGGAUACUCGCUGAACUGAAAAUAAUUAAUAUGUAUGUAUUGUUGCGUGAAUUUAAAAAUGUGUAAAUUUUGUACGUCCGACAACGAAUGCGCAGUGUUUGCAAUAUUGAGCGAAUUUUAUAACUGAAGGGUGCAAAUAAAUUAAUAAAG